GUCCAUGCCAGGGACCUGCAUAUUGUUUUGGAGGAGUGUAAUGUUUGUUUCAAUGUGACGUUUUUCGCUUGUCAGCUACUUCAUACGCCCAAUCACACUCAAAACUUUGGCAUUUAAUAAUGAAACUUUUCUGCUCCUCAUCGCCAGCACAACGAGCAUGAAGUUGCGGGUGAGGCUGAACAAGCAGACCAGCCGCUUGGAGCUGGAGGAAGAGGAGCCGGUGCUGUCGGAUCUGUGCGCCCGCAUCAGGGAGCACCUUUUACCGCCCUGGGGUCUCAGCCCAGAGGCCGAGUUCAGCCUGUCGCUGAACGGCAGGGAGCCUCUCUCUGACAUCGGCCGGACGCUGUCCUCCUGCGGCGUGGUUUCUGGGGAUUUGAUCUGCCUGAUCCUGCACCAGCCCGGUCACGUGGCCCCCGCGGCCCCUGCUGCCCCUGGGGCCCCCGCCCCCUGCAGUAGACCCGUCCCAGCCAGAGAGGCUAGCCCUGAAUCGCCCAGCAGCAGUGGGUGUGAGGCGGACAUAAGAGAGGCGGAGUAUGUCCAGGAGGCGGGGCUUGAGGACUGCGAGGGGGCGGUGCCAGAGGAGGAGGGGGCGGGGCCGUUCAGCCCUGGGCCAAUGCUGUGCAGCGAAACGGAGAACGGGGCGGCGCCCCACGCCCUGGAGCUGCUGCACCACGGGGCGGGCUGCCAGAGCCCCUGUGAUGCGCUGCUGGUCUCCGCCCACCUGCUCAUGAUGGAGACCGGCUUCGUUCCCCAGGAUGCAGAGGGGAGCCCUGGCCUGAUGCCGGGGGGGUGGAGGGCCAUGGGGGGGCUGUACAGACUGCAAUACUCUCACCCCCUCUGUGAGGACAGCCUGGCAGUGCUGAGGGCGGUGCCCAUGGGCAACAUGCUGGUGUUCAACGCGUCUCUGAAGGUGAAUGAGUCUGUGGACAACGCCCGGAAACUGUUACUGAGGCCCGGUGCGUACGUGACGGAGGACUGGAGGGGGGAGAACGCUGCUGUGGUCUACAAAGACCUGAAGAAGCUGUCACGCAUUUUCAAAGACCAGCUGGCAUACCCUCUGAUCGCUUCGGCCAGACAAGCGAUGGGGCUGCCGCCGGCGUUUGGGCUGACGGCCCUGCCCCCGGAGCUGCUCCUGCGGGUGCUGAGGCUGCUGGACCUGGGGGCCGUGGCGUCCCUCUCGGCCUCCUGCCGGGACCUCCGCUGUGCGGCCGCCGACCCCUCACUGUGGAGACACCUGUACCACCGCGACUUCCGCGAUCAGAUUAACAGACCAGCAAACACAGACUGGAAAGCGCUCUACAGGAGGAAGUACAGGCAGAGGAGGGAGGCGUCCCGAUUCCGCCGCACCCGCCUGUUUGCCCCCACUCCCCCUUUCCCCACGUCCCCCUACCACCCCUUCCCCUUCAACCCCCACCCCCUGCCCUACCCCCCCGGCAUCAUCGGGGGGGAGUACGACCAGAGGCCCGGCCUCCUGCCCGGCGGCCUGCCCCGCCCCCGCUUCGACCCCAUUGGCUCACUCCAGGAGCGUAACCCCAGCAACAGGGGCCCUUUCGGACGGAGGCCCCCGGGGCCCCUGGGGAACCGGUCCUCUGACAUCAGGCGAGGGUUCAUCUAACGCCGUCACCCGAACAUUUAUUCAACGCCGUCACCCGAGAGUUCAGCUCAGAAACAGCCUGCUCCUUCAUCCAGACCACACGCAGCACGGCUGAGUGUGAAUGGAGGUGUGGCUUAUCCUUCCUGUGCAGACAGGAACCCAGCUUAACCCAAGCUGUCACUGUGGACACUGAAAACGGCACGCUUUAGCGUGCGCUAAACGCCAAAAACUCAAAUAUUCAAAAAGAGUUUCCCAUGGUUUAUGUAUGUCUGUUGGUCUGACGGUCCUCUGAAAAAUAAUCACCCAAAUGAACCAUAAAUAAUAAUUAUGGACAGUAUAGAUUAAGAGUAUCCCCCAAAAUGUGUGACCAAAUUAAUAUUGAAAAUUGGAAAUAACAUUUUUCUCCUGUAAUACCUGAUGGAUUACUUUGAUAUACACAGACCUACAGAUGUAUGACAUUAAAUACACAGACCUACAGAUGUAUGACAUUAAAUACACAGACCUACAGAUGUAUGACAUUAAAUACGCAGACCUACAGAUGUAUGACAUUAAAUACACAGACCUACAGAUGUAUGACAUUAAAUACACAGACCUACAGAUGUAUGACAUUAAAUACACAGACCUACACAUGUAUGACAUUAAAUACACAGACCUACACAUGUAUGACAUUAAAUACACAGACCUACACAUGUAUGACAUUAAAUACACAGACCUACACAUGUAUGACAUUAAAUACACAGACCUACAGACCUAAAUGCGUUAGCUGCAUAACUUUGCCGUGACUACAGUGAAGCAUAAGUCUGCAUAAAUCAAAUGGAAUUUUCUCUUAAACAACAUUAACAACAUUAAAAUUAUGCAAUUAAACUUUGCCUAAUUAUUGGUUGUGUCAUUGCUAGUUUGUGGUGUGUUUUGUCCACUUGGUGGCACUAUUGUAACCUGUAAAAGGUUUCAAUAAAUAGAUGCAACAAAUAAAAAUACAUCUUGCUCAUCUAGUUAUUGUUUAACUAUUUCUGCAUAAGUUGAAAUAACUAAAGUUGAAAUAAAUACUACCAGUAUUUGUAAUAAUUUCCAGUCCUUUUCCCUGAAAUAAAUGAGAGGAUGUGAAGGAA